AACAACGAGAAAACCAACAACGGCAUCCACUAUAAACUCCAGUUGCUGUAUAGCAACGGAGUCAGAACGGAGCAGGAUCUGUAUGUUCGCCUCAUAGAUUCAAUGACCAAACAGGCCAUCGUGUACGAGGGCCAGGACAAGAACCCGGAGAUGUGUCGCGUGCUGCUGACCCACGAGAUAAUGUGCAGCCGGUGCUGUGACAAGAAAAGUUGUGGCAACAGAAACGAAACGCCCUCAGACCCUGUAAUCAUUGACAGAUUCUUUCUAAAGUUUUUCCUCAAGUGCAAUCAGAACUGUUUGAAGAAUGCAGGCAACCCUCGAGAUAUGCGGAGAUUCCAGGUUGUUGUGUCGACAACAGUCAACGUGGACGGCCACGUGCUGGCCGUGUCUGACAACAUGUUUGUGCACAACAAUUCCAAACACGGGCGGCGGGCCCGCCGCCUAGACCCGUCAGAAGCCACUCCGUGCAUCAAGGCCAUCAGCCCCAGCGAAGGCUGGACCACGGGGGGAGCCACCGUGAUCAUAAUCGGAGACAACUUCUUCGACGGCCUGCAAGUCGUGUUCGGAACCAUGUUGGUGUGGAGCGAGCUCAUCACUCCCCAUGCCAUCCGGGUGCAGACCCCGCCGCGGCACAUUCCUGGAGUUGUUGAAGUCACCCUGUCCUACAAAUCCAAGCAGUUCUGUAAAGGUGCUCCUGGGCGGUUUGUCUACACUGCCCUUAAUGAACCAACCAUAGAUUACGGCUUUCAGAGGUUGCAGAAAGUGAUCCCAAGACAUCCGGGUGAUCCCGAAAGGUUACCCAAGGAAGUAUUACUUAAGAGGGCGGCCGAUCUGGUGGAAGCCUUAUACGGGAUGCCCCACAACAACCAGGAGAUCAUCCUGAAGCGAGCGGCUGACAUUGCCGAGGCCUUGUACAGCGUGCCCCGCAACCACAACCAGAUCCCCACCCUGGGCAACACCCCCGCGCACACGGGCAUGAUGGGCGUGAACUCCUUCAGCAGCCAGCUAGCCGUCAACGUGUCCGAGACCUCGCAGGCCAACGACCAAGUCGGCUACAGUCGCAAUACCAGCAGCGUGUCCCCGCGAGGCUACGUCCCCAGCAGUACUCCCCAGCAGUCCAAUUACAACACAGUCAGCACUAGCAUGAAUGGAUAUGGAAGUGGCGCCAUGGCCAAUCUAGGGGUCCCGGGCUCGCCUGGAUUUCUUAAUGGCUCUUCCGCCAACUCUCCCUACGGCAUGAAACAAAAGAGCGCCUUCGCGCCCGUGGUCCGGCCCCAAGCUUCUCCUCCUCCCUCCUGCACCAGCGCCAACGGGAACGGACUCCAAGCUAUGUCUGGGCUGGUAGUCCCGCCGAUGUGAGGGGCUCGCCUUCCCUCCCGCAGCACCCAGCACCCAAGGACGGACUUCAGGGGACACGUUUAGUAUAUAUGAGCUGCUGCUGAAGCCCUUGUCUGCAAACACAUCAGCCGCGGUGGAAAUGCUACAAGAGACUUUGUUUAAAGAUUUUAUUUAAACUAUUAAGAAUCAACAUGCAAACAGCCUACUUCUUCAUGAACAAUUCCAUUUUAUUGACUGAACUUUUCUCAUAUUUUCACAUUUCUCAGUCCUGAAGACUAAGGAAAACAAAGCGACGCCUAUUUUGUAUAAAGUUUCUGACUCCGUCUUCGCUAUGUCUAGUACUUGCUAUGUGUUGGGAGAAACUUUGUGAAUGCACCAUUUUGAUUAUCAUGAAACACUGAUGAAAAAUGCCUCCAAACAUUUUUCUGUGCUCAUACUUAGAUUCACAAUGGUUGUGUAUCUCUAUAAUGUGAAAUAUUUUUUUGUGGUGAAAAAAAAAAGGGGCCAAGGAGGUGUGAGCCAUCGAACUGGAAGAAAGGAGGACUACGUGACUAGGAGAAUUCGGGGUGGCAGGGAGGGAGGGUGGGUUUAUCAUUGCUUAACUUCAUCUUAAUGAAAUGAAACUUUGUAACUUAUUGUAGUUAGAAAUUGUAACUUUGAUAUUGAAUUCUCUUGCCUUCAACAAGCACACUGACAGAAAAAAAAAUAUGCUACUGUCUGUUGGUUAAAAUAUUCUCCCACUGCUAGAGCUUCCUGUUAAGCAAGUGUGAUCUGCAACAUUUUUUCAACUUUUGCUAGCACUGUAUACUAUUGCAUUCUUAGGCUACUGUGAGGUCCAUGUUUCUUGUACCAGAAAUUGUCCUUUUGACUUCUAGCUCCUUCUUCCCUAAUGUGUUUUGUAUGUGGUUAUAAAAUUGUAGACUUUUGUGAUUUUGCCAAAGUUGUAGCUAAAUAUUUAUACACUUGUCUUGAAUUUUUUUCAGAUCCACUUAAAUAUUUAGAAAAAAAACAAAACACGUUUUCUUCCUUAUGUGUCUCAUAAGGAAUAAAAUGGUCUCCAUUCAACACUUUUCCAUGAACACCUACAGUUGCUAAGGGACUUUCUUUUGUAACAUAUCGAUUAUAAAUAUUGUAUUUAUCUUUGAAAUUUUGUACAUUGCUUUUCCUGCCAUUUCCUUUUUCUUGUCUGUAUUGGUUUUGGAUCAUGGCCUGGUGUUGGGAAGAGCAUUAAGCCCAGAGCUGUCUCUUUGACCUGUUUUGUUAAAGCGAACCAGUGUCCUUGCAUUUCAGUUGUACUUCAAAGAUUUGCUUUUGUUUAGACUUUCCAUCCUUCUUUUCCCUUUUUUUUUUUAUUUUGAGGAAAAGUCAAAUUCAUUGUUUAUUUUUAUAUUAUUUUUAAGUUAUCUGAACAAAUACUUUUGAAAAAAAGUUCGUUGUAUAGUCAAAACAAAACGGUGCCACUCAGCUGUGACAAAUCCUAGUAGAUUCUGUGCAUGUGGAACAACAGCAACGAAGAGGGGACACCGUUUGGGGCUGUGUCCUUAUUUUUCUGUAGAAUGUAAAAAGUCAUUUUAGCUGCCACCCAUGACUUUGCCACAUAGCUGAACUGUGUUUACUGGAAAAAUUCAGAGGCCUAAAGUUUAAAAUAAAAUUUACUUCUGAUGUUUUAAUUAAAAUGUUUGCCACAUUAACUUCUCUGAUGCCUUAAAAGUGGACUUCUUUAAAGAACCUUUGUGCUAUUUUAUCACAGGCUCAUGACACAAUUGUUAAUCGAUAUUUCAUUUGGAGAUUUACGGUGUAACACACACACACACACACAAACAAAAGCACAAACCUGGUGUUCCAUGUGUCGCUCCUUUCUGCGUCUGAUUCUGCUGCGUUGUGUGUCCUCCCGGGCCCACCUAGGAUUCAGAGAGGUUUCAGGGAGAACCAAAAUCACCGCUGGUUUUUAACCUUUUUUUUUUAAACAAUACUUUUUUUGUGGUCAGACCCAACAGCACCAUCUGUACUUUUUAAACCGGAAUGACCUCCUUCAGAUCCUGUGCCUGUUCGUGCCAAACCCACAGUGAGACCAGGAGGGUCAGUCUUUCCCCUUUGUGUUAAAUGCUUUGCAGACACAGCACAGCAAAUGUUUUGCAAAUUGCAGCAGAAAUCAGAUUUAAAACAAAAAGGAGGGACUUUAAAAAACUUUCUUCACAAAAAAGAAAAAACAAAAAACAAAACCAUGCACAACUUAGGAAAGUGUUCAUCCAAGGGACUACAUAAAAGAAGCAGAAUGUUCCCGGUGGUCAGGUGGGUCGCAGUCUGGCCCUUUGACCGCUAAGGCUUAGCUACGUGGGAAAGCCUGAGAAGUCACUUUGGAACUAAAUUGCCUCCGUUUUAUUUUGUAUAAGUAAGGGUUUGAUCUAAAAACAAGCUCACGUGUACAUGUUAAGAACGUUUGCAAGUUUCCUCAUCCCUGCACUCGGUUUGUGUUUUAGAUUAAUUAGUCAAUGCCCCUCAUCGCUUCAUUGUCUCAAAAUUGAGCGCUUCACUAAAUGGUAGAUUUUACUGUUAAAGACCCUACAAUAAGAUUGUUUUAUCUGUACAUUUUUUCAGAUAUUUAACUGUAUAAAAAUGUUCAUUUUACACAAUAUUUAAUUAAAGUAUUUCUCGUCUGUGAAUUUCA